AUGAAACAGUGCAACUUGGGGCACAACAUGGCAAAUACAUUUGUCACAGUACCUGACGGCUACUGUCUUGCUGAGCCCAUACAGUAUUAUGAUGUUUUACCCGAGCACAUCAAUUAUCAGCUACAAGACACAGAUUUUCAGACUACUCCUUACUGCCAGUAUUCCACAGUUCAGUUUCCUCCUCCAGUAUUACAGUCACAACCUUCACAGUCCCAAUACAGUACAUAUAGUCUGGACUCUCAAUAUAGUGAUGGGCAGUAUAUAAUCAGCAACUGUGAAUUAAACAAAUCCCCUUUCACGGCUUCCCAUGUUGAUGACAGUGAAUAUCAAGGACUAAAAAGGCCAAAAUUAAACCAUUCUUCCUUGCGAAUGAAGGGACAGGAAGAGCUCUGUGUUGUGUGUGGUGACAAGGCCUCAGGCUAUCACUAUAAUGCACUUACCUGUGAAGGUUGCAAAGGCUUCUUUCGACGUAGUAUUACUAAAAAUGCAGCGUAUCGAUGUAAGAAUGGUGGUCACUGUGAAAUGGACAUGUACAUGCGAAGAAAGUGUCAGGAAUGUCGCUUGAAGAAGUGUAAGGCUGUGGGAAUGCUAGCAGAAUGUUUGCUGACUGAAGUACAAUGUAAGUCAAAGCGACUCAGGAAAAAUUUCAAACAGAAGAGCAGUUUCCUUUGCAACAUAAAACUAGAAGAUGAGGGACUGAAUAGUAAGCAUGUAUCAUCUACAACAAGACCUGGAAAAAUCCCAGAAAAAAUGGAACUCACUCCAGGAGAACAUCAGCUCCUUGACCACAUUGUAGCAGCACAUCAAAAAUACACAAUUUCCCCUGAGGAAGCAAAAAAAUUUCUACAAGAAACCGCAAGUCCAGAGGAAAGCUUUUGGCAUCUCUCUGAGACAGCAGUUGUUCAUGUACAAGUGUUAGUGGAUUUUACAAAAAGACUCCCAGGAUUUGGAAGUUUAGCUAGUGAAGAUCAAAUUGCGCUGCUAAAAGGGUCAACUGUUGAAGCAAUGUUUUUGCGUUCAGCACAGAUAUAUAACCAAAGAAUCAGUGAAUGCCAAUCAUCAACAAGUGAAAGUCAUGGAAGAUCUUCUGAUCAUGUAACAUGUUGCCAUGUUCAAAACCUCGAUAAGAACGCCAUUUAUUCCAUGGAAAUGUCUCACAGUGAAGAUAGCCCGACUUCCACUACUACCACAGGUAUAACCGAGGAGUUUAUUACCGCGCUGUUUUACUUCUACAGAAGCAUGGGAGAACUUAAAGUGACAGAGACAGAAUAUGCCCUGCUUGUGGCAACAACUGUGUUUUUUUCAGAUCGCCCGCUCCUGAGGAACAAGCGGCACGUGGAGGAGCUGCAGGAGCCGCUGCUGGGCAUCCUCUACAAGUACUCGAAGAUCCACCACCCGGAGGACCCGCAGCACUUCGCUCGCCUCAUCGGUCGCCUCACGGAACUGCGCACUCUCAACCACACCCACGCGGAGGUGCUGCUAACGUGGCGCACCAAGGACCCGCGGCUGACCUCCCUGCUCUGCGAGAUCUGGGACCUGCACUAG